AUGCGUCGGGAGCCCUCGGCAUCCCGUUUUCACACCAAUGGUGGUGUGCAAAGGCAGAUGUGUGCAGAUGAUGGAGGACCAACUCAGGGCCCUGGCUUGCCAGACCCUCCGAGGGCUGAAAUUCCAGCUCUUGAGAUGGGAUGUUUCCAGCUUUUCCUGCCCGGUGAGGCCACCACUGUCAAAGAGGAGCUCGCGUGCCUGUCCCUGCAGCACGUGGGGUGCUUGGCUGCACCUCUCGAGUCCACCUUGUUCCCGGCAUCCCACCCGAGAGCCCUCAGCCCGUGGGCUGGGUUUGCUGAAACCGUCUCUUUUCCCGUCACCUCAGCAAUGAGUGAUCUCGUGAAAGGGGCAUCUCCAACCGAAGUAAUGCAGCUGUUAGGCAAGAUAGAGACUUCCAACUCUGAUCAAAGCUCGAAUUUAAAGGCAGUCCAGGGAGAUCAACAUCACGAACUGCAACUUCUGGAUUUCAAGUUGACAAGUAUUCUGAGUGACUUCAGGGAUCAGAUACAGACUCAUCGGAAGUGGACAGAAGCGCAGUUGACACGGUCUGUCGAAGAUCAAGCCCAGCACAGGCAUCAGCUCCUUACCUCGGUGAAGGAGAGGCUGGAAAGAGCAGAAAAAAGAGUAGAAGAAAAGCUCCUACUUCUGUCACUAAAGCUAGAACAAAUGGAUAAACCACAGAAAUAUGAAAAGCAGUUGAACCAGAUGAGAAGCGAUGAAAAAAACCUGCAUGCAAGAAUCACCAGAUUUGAAAGACAGAUCUGGAAGGAGCUUGAAGAAAUCCAAGAUGAAUACAAAUCAGGGUUUCAAUCCAUUCACGAGUCUCUGGAGUUGCUCACACAAAUACAGAACACAAAGCUGAAACUUGAAAAAAAGAAAAUUCAGAAAGACAUGAAAAAGAUACAAAAGGCAGGUUUCUCAAAGCCAUGGACUUCAGGUGGCUUCUCUGAGAAGCCAGACCUGCACAGCGUGACAGCCGAAACCGAACUGGCGCAGUCAGUAGGGAAUGCCACUUCAGCAGUUAAUGAUGUUGCUCCUGCCAGCAGAAACUUCGGUACUUGGCUGCUGGUAAAGCAGCAGUUAGUACAGCUCGGUAUAUCUGCCUCUCCACCGAGUACCCUGGAUGCUGUGGUUCCCAGUACAUCGAGGAACAGCAAAAUGGUGAAAUACAAGGUUAUUGAUGAAGGCGUUUCCAAAAGCACAUGA